AUGUUAACUGAGUGGCUUGUUCGCGCUCUCUUCGUAAACUUGGCUGUUGCCAGCAAAACUAAACCUGCCCCCUCCAAUGCAAGGUUCACCACGCUGGUUACCUUUGGCGACAGUUAUACAGAUGAAAAUCGCUUAGGUUACUUCAUCAACAACAAUGGCUCCGCUCCGCCAGUGGGUUGGCAGCAGCCAGUGGGCUUGAAAACAGCAUCUGGAGGACGGUCCUGGGCUCGAUUGGCCAGUGACUACUCUGGCGCGAAGCUCUACAACUAUGCUGUCUCUGGGGCUGUAUGCUCCAACCAAGUAUCUCCAAGGCCCCUCGCCGCCAUCAAUGCGCCUUUCCCUGACAUUGAUGGCUAUGAAUUACCCGCUUUCAUCGCUGACUCCAAAUACGUUAAUCCGAACGGCACCAAAUUCUUCACUGGCAAAGCCUCGGACACUGCCUAUGCCAUCUGGAUUGGGACCAAUGAUCUCGGCAAUGGCGCCUUUUUAACCGAUAAACAAUUGCCCGGCAAGACUGUCAUUGACUACGUGGACUGCAUUUACGACCAGAUUACUCGUCUUUACAAUAACGGCGCCCGCUACAUUGUUCUCUUGAACCUGGCGCCCCUUGAAUUGCUGCCACAAUACCAGCUCCCCGAGAAAGGUGGCUUGCAAUCGACGCAAUUCUUCAACGAUGCCCCCGGAAAGAAUCUGACUGCGCUCCAUGGCCGUAUGAAAAACACGGUUGCCGCGUUGAAUAGGCUGUUCAAGUACCGUACGCCCUACCAGUUCGAUCACACGGAGCUGUGGGACGGCGCCACGGUAGUGAAUUUCGACGUCAACGCUCUGAUGCAGGAAAUUUACUAUCACCCAAGCGAAUAUCUCAAUGGCACUGCGCCUCCCAACGUAGAGGGUGCGGCGCAUCUGUGCAACGACCAGGGAAGCAACUGCACCACAGCUAGUAGUCUGGAUAGCUUCAUGUGGUAUGAUCCGCUGCAUCCAGGUGAGCAGACCAGCCGCGUCAUAGCCAGAGAAUUUCUCAAUGUACUCGGCGGCGAGAGCAAGUAUGCUACUUAUUGGGGGGAGUGA